CGCCGCGGAGGGUGAGCGGGCUAUGAGGCGGCAGCUUUUGAAGUCUCCUGGAGUGCUGCAGCCCCCACCUGCGCAGGAUGGACCCCGUUGUUCUCAGUUACAUGGACAGUUUGCUGAGGCAGUCGGACGUUGCCUUGCUGGAGCCCCCAAACUGGCUUAACGACCACAUCAUCGGGUUUGCCUUCGAGUACUUCGCCAACCACCAGUUCCAAGAAUUUAGUGAUCAGGUUUGUUUUAUCAGCCCCGAAGUGGCUCAGUUCAUUAAAUGUGCCCUUAGUCAGGAAGAAAUAGCCAUAUUCCUUCAACCGCUGGACCUUCUCCACAAGAAGCUGGUGUUCUUGCCUAUCAAUGAUAACUCCAACCAGGUCGCUGGGGGCACCCACUGGAGCUUACUGGUUUAUUUCAGGGACAAAAAGUGCUUCGCCCAUUACGAUUCCCACAGUAAAUGCAACUCCGUCCACGCCAAGCAAGUGGCGGGGAAGCUGGAGGCCUUCUUGGCCAAAAGAGGGGGCAAAGCAGCCUUCGUGGAGGAGAAGGCGCCUGCCCAGCAGAACAGCUAUGACUGUGGGAUGUACGUGAUCUGCAACGCGGAGGCUCUGUGUCAGGGAUACUUCAGGGGCCGGCCCGAGCCUUUGCUGCAGCUCCUCACCCCCUCCUACAUCACGCAGAAGAGAUCGGAGUGGAAAGCUCUCGUCACAGAACUGGCACAGAAGUGAUCGAGAUGCAGCUCCAGCCCCGCCCAAAAAACUGCCUUC